AUGCCUUCGGUGACAUUAAUAGCAGAUAUUUUGAGAGAAAUUUUCGAAUAUCAUAAAGAUGAUCCGAAAACCCUUCAUAGUUUGAUUAAUGUCAAUCGACUAUGGUGUUGCCAGGCAAUUCCCUUAUUAUGGCGCAGACCUUUCGAGAUGGCUGCUCAAGAUAGAUACCAUCAAAUUAUUGGAACCUACAUAAUGUGUCUUUCAGAUAAAGCAUUAUCUAGAUUUAU